GUUUGCCACCAGAGGGCAGAAUCGUCAAGCCACCCUCCCCCGGCGCCUAUAAGAAGGCCCCUCUCCAUUUCUUCAAACUUUAGUUCCAGAGCCCUCCAAAAGAAAAAAUAUUAUCGAAUAUUAAAAGCCUUUUCCUCAUCGAUAGAAACAGUGGAAUUAUUAAAAACAGGCAAAAAGGAUUUUUUCCAUUUUGCUACCCCGUCGUCUUCCACCAGCUUCCUCUCCGGCCGCCGUAGCGUAGCCGAAUUGUCCUGCUCCGGGGCUCGCUAGCUUCUCCGGCCGGCGAGAGGCUGUUCCCGGCGAGCGUUCGUUCUCCUCCGCGCGGCUGAGGGGAUCCCCUUGGGCGCUCGGAAUUGGGGCGUGCAUGAUGGGAUUUUGGCUGAUUCCGAUGGAGACGCCGGCGAGGCUUCUGUGGAGCACCAGCUUCUUCCGCCACAAGAUCGCCGCCAUGCUCGCCUCCUCCUCCUGCUUCUUAUAGAUCCGAUCCCUCACCGUCGUCGUCGGCAGCUUGGCUUCUGUGCUGUACAUACGCCGGCGCACGUAUAGUUAAAUUUCCUCGAUCUCCUAAGAAGUAAAUAAUAAUCUUCAAGCUUGGGUACGUCUUGGAUCCAUGGAGUCCGGCCGGCUCAUCUUCAGCGCCACGGGCUCCGGCGCCGGGCAGAUGCUCUUCCUGGACUGCGGCGCGGGCGGCGUCCCCGGCGGCGGCGGCUUGUUCCAUCGAGGUGGGAGACCGGUGCUCGGCCUGGAAGAAGGGCGCGGCGUAAAGCGGCCCUUCUUCACCUCCCCCGACGAGCUCCUCGAGGAGGAGUACUACGACGAGCAGCUGCCGGAGAAGAAGCGCCGCCUCACCCCGGAGCAGGUGCAUCUGCUGGAGAGGAGCUUCGAGGAGGAGAACAAGCUGGAGCCGGAGCGCAAGACGGAGCUGGCCCGCAAGCUGGGGCUGCAGCCUCGCCAGGUGGCCGUCUGGUUCCAGAACCGCCGCGCCCGCUGGAAGACCAAGCAGCUCGAGCGCGACUUCGACCGCCUCAAGGCCUCCUUCGACGCCCUCCGCGCCGACCACGACCUCCUCCUUCAGGACAACCACCGCCUCCGCUCACAGGUGGCAUCGUUGACCGAGAAGCUGCAAGAGAAGGAGGGGACGGAGGGCGGCGCUAGCGCCGACGCCGACGCCGCGGCGCUGCCGGUGGAUGUCAAGCUGGCUUCCUUGGCCGACGAAGACGUUGACGAGCCGCCCGCGGAGGCGUUCGAAGCGCAUCAGCAGGUCAAGUCCGAGGACAGGCUGAGCACGGGCAGCGGCGGGAGCGCGGUGGUGGACACGGACGCACACCUGUGCGGCCAGCUCGCCGCCGCGGUCGACAGCAGCGUGGAGUCCUACUUCCCCGGCGGCGAGGACUACCACGACUGCGGGAUGGGCGGCCCCGUCAACCACUGCCCGGGAGGGAUCCAGUCGGAUGACGACGGCGCGGGCAGCGACGAGGGAUGCAGCUACUAUCCCGAAGAUGAAGCCGCCGCCGCCGUGUUCUUCGCCGGACACGCCCACCCCCACGCCGAAGACGACGAGGACGCCGGCCAGAUCGGCUGGUGGAUGUGGAACUAGACAUUCUUCCCAAAGCCGAUCGACCGUCAAAAAUCUUAUGUUGUCGAAAUCUCUCGUGCCUCGGUUUUCUUUCGCAAUCGUUGCUGUAAUAUGGUGAAUUAUGGAUAAGGUGUAUGCAUGCAUGGUAGGGUAAAAUUGGGCAGUUAAUAUUGUUAAUCCCGAUCAGACUUGGCGUUCGAGAAGAUUAAGAGAGUUGGGGCGAGAAAUAAGUGCAUGGAGACAAGUACUCUUUUUAUGGCACAGUAUACAUUACUAGUAUGUCAAAUGAUGAGAUUCAGUCAUGUCAUUUCUGUUUUUUUUUUCCUUUUGUCAAUACCAAUUGGAGUUCUUAAUUGUACUAUAUACAUUUUGCAUGGU